GUAUUUAUGUCUAUGCUAUUAAGCGGUCCUUUGGGCGUCCCCGUUGCAUAGAAACGAAAACUGUAGGGCACAUAUGGACCAUCUACCAACUUUUAGAGCACGGACGUAAACGAAGGCAGGGAAGUUUUUGACAUGAACUAUAGAUAGAAACAAAUUAUCCACAAAAGACUUCGUGUGACAUAAAAGAUAAGUAGCAUCGGUCAAUGAACGCCAUCAAUGGUUAUUUAGUUUAGCGGUGCUAGCCGGCUGUUAGCUAGCAGUUGUUAUCCUCUCUCAGUUACUCAGGGAUCGCUGCUGAUAUAACAGUUAAGCCCUCAUAAAAGACUCUUUUAGGAUCUUUUAAGACAUUUUCAGCUGUCCCCUAUUUUCACCUUAGCUAAUGUGCGGACCAACCAACUAACCAGCGCUAAUACUCACUCUAGCCAUAAGCUACUGAGAGCUUUGCGUCUUGAAAUCUACUCAUUUUUAAAAAUCAGACUGAUAAUCUUUUAUUUAUAAAUAAUUCGCAACAAAGUGAAAAUGGCUGGUGAUGUUGACAGCAUCCCAGAGUUGGACCAAAAGAAGUACGACGCAGACGAACAAGUGAAGAUUAUCUGCCUUGGAGACAGUGCUGUGGGGAAAUCCAAGUGAGUGGUUCUUCCUAAAAGCCGAUCUAGGCUCAUGGUAAAACUGUGGAUCUAUAAAAAGCAGAUGUUAACUUACUCUCUUCUUCUGUCUCUCUUUUUUUCUCUCUCAUAGACUAAUGGAAAGGUUUCUCAUGGAUGAAUAGUAUCCUUCAGAAAUUCAAAUGAAACGUAUCGCUGUUAUUUAUUUGUAAAUCAUAUCAGGACUAAAAUAGUGUCAACUUAUUUAAGGGCUGUGUCUCUGUGUUUCUUGUAUGACAAUUAAAUAGUCUUAAAAAGUAGACACUGGUAAUCAGACCCACAUACUCUGGUUAUGCCCAAAACUGAAGGUAUUCUGGAAGGAAGUGUUUGAAACACUUAAUACAAUAUUUGGUGGAAAUAUUACAAUGGACCCAAUGGUGGCUCUACAAGGCAUUGAAGGAAGAGCCAAAAAAUAUCUCUUACAGAUACAACAGCAAUUUAAUGCAUUACAAUGAGAUGGUUAAAGCCUGACCCCCAACACAAAAAAGAAAAAAUAGCCACACAUCUGUAACAUUUUACCUGUUUCAAAUGUAAUUUCCACAUGAAAACUAAUCAGAAAUCUGUAGCCAUACUGAUUAAAUUUCUAAAAAGCAAAUGUGUGCAUUGUUUGCACAUACAUGGUUUUUAAGUUAAGGCUAACAAAGCAGAGAGUUUUCCCUCAAAGUUUAUAAUCCUUCACAUUCUCUGCAGUCGUCCACAGCAGCUGUCAACCUAUGCGUUGACUCUGUACAAACAUACUGCCUCUGUUGGAAACAAGACAGUGUUGGUGGGUAUGUAUCAUGUACGAUUACUUUUACGUUUCUCUCAAAGCUCACAGAAAAUAAUUUUACCCAGUCCCUGCUUAACCUUAAAGCGAUAUGGAUGGUUCUUGUGUCUGACUAACAGAUUUCUGGGACACUGCUGGUCAGGAGAGAUUUCAGAGCAUGCAUCCCUCAUACUACCACAAAGCCCAUGCAUGCAUUAUGGUAAGACACACACACUCCAUGCCUUUCACAGGACAUACUCAGAGUUUAACUAAAAUUAUUUGGUCUUGCUGUGUGUUAAUUUCACUAAAGGGUAGCAGAAUGGACAACUGAGUUGUUCCACUGUCAUGAAAGUGAUCUUUUCUUCUUUCUUUAAGGUUUUUGAUGUUCAACGGAAGAUCACAUAUAAGAACCUGGCCACCUGGUAUAAAGAGCUAAGAGAGUUCAGACCAGAGAUCCCAUGUUGUGUGGUCGCCAACAAGAUUGACGGUGAGUCUUAAUGAGUUUUUAGUUAUUUUAAUUUAUUUAAAUACGGUUUUUACAGCAUUUUUCGGUAAUUUACUGUUUGACAGACAAAAUUGCCUCCUAAAUUCAUUAUGUUAAGAUGUUUUUUGUGUCUGCAGCUGAUUUGAAAGUAACGCAGAGAAGCUUUAAUUUUGGGAAGAAGCAAGGCCUUCCCUUAUAUUAUGUAUCAGCAGCUGAUGGGACCAAUGUAGUGAAGGUUUGUAGUCUUUUUUUUUUUUAAACUUCUAACUUCAGAGAUCUAUUUUUCAAAUUCUGCACCUGUUUCAGAAAUAAUUAAGUCGACUUGAACUCCAGUGUGUCAUUACUCAGGAUUGUAAUUGUCUAAACAGAUGUUCAGGGACAUGAUAAAGAGGGCAGUGGAGUACAAGCAAAACCCCAGCGACUUCAUGGAUGAAGUGAUGCAAGAGUUAGAGGUAUCAUCUCUGAAAAUAACUCAGUGGUAUCAGCACAGGGCUCAUCUUUUAAGCUCAUGCAUUCUAAAAAAAAAAAAAAAAAAAAAAACAGGCAUUCAUCAUUUUUUGUCCCAGCUGACUAAAAAAACCUUGUAUGUAUAAAUUUUUUGCUUCUUUUUGCAGAACUUUGACUUGGAGAAAAAAGAAGAAAACUCAGAGCCAGAUGAAGACGGAUUGAAAGCAGAGAGUCCAGAGCUUGACUGAAAUGUUUACAGAUCCUUCAACAAAUAUGUCACCUCAUGGAUCAUUUGCUGUCCUCAAGGCCUGAUGCUGUGAAAAUUAUUAGUCAAAUGUACACAAUCUCUGAUCCCCUGUGAUCGUGUCUUUAUGAGUCUUACCACUGGAGGUCAGCAAACAAUUGUGUCAGGUCUAAAGUCACUGCCCUCCAUCACUCCAGUGGAAUUAGCAGGGACAUAAACCUGGUAAAAUAAAAAGAAACUUUGUGAUUUCCAAAGUUUAUUUGUAUCUUACUUAUAACUUUAUACAAAAAUAAUAGUAGAAAUCAUAUACGACAGAAUACGUGUACAUCGAGCUUUAUGUAAUAAGAAUGUGAAUUCCUGAAAAGCAGCAAAAAAAGUGAUUCAAACCAUCUGUGUUGCUGUUCGUCAUGCUUGGUAAACUUCCAUCUGUUGAAGUUUUUUUUAAUUGAAAGGGUUAAAGUUAGUUCCUCUUAUCUGUCUUACUUGGUGUGAUCCUGCAGUAGGCAUGGAAACAAAGUGAGGUAUUUUUUAUGAUUUAGCUGCCAGUGAGUAUCAGUGGAUAUCAGCUCUCUUGAACUCUUGUGAAACACUUAGCCAGUCAUGUACUUCAUGAUGGAGUACCAGCAAUGUUGGCUUGUGAACUGUAAACCAACUCUCAAGCCCAAAUUAUUUCUAUAUCAUCUUUAUGUUGUAAAGAACCAUAAUGUAUUUACUGUAUUUACUUUGAUGUAUAUUUUCUAUUUAUAUUCCACUGUUUUAUGUGGUAUGUACUCACAAUAAAUCACACUGGAACAUUGUUUUAAAGUGAUCAAAUCCA